AUGGAUUGUCUGGCAAAUCAGAAGGAAAAUCCCAGGAAUAAGGAAGUUAACAGAGAUACUAAGAAUCAAGACCAACAAGAAUUGCAAGAAGGGGAAGAAAAUGAGAAAAUUCAACAGGAAGAGAAAGAGGUUAGCCAGGACAAGUACGGACCUUGGAUGUUGGUUCAAAGGAAACAGCGUGGACCUAGAAUCAACCCGAAGAAUCAAAGAAGCAGAAACCAAGAAGAUAAGAAAUCUAACAGACAAAAAGAAAGUAACAAUAGGAAUAAAGACAACAAUUCGGCAGGGAGCUCAGGAGAAGGGAAAUCCAGGACAAGAUAUGAUAAAUCUCAAGCCCCUAUGCUGAAUGCCAAAAGAGAUGAACAGGAUAAAACCCAAGAGAAAAAUCAGAGAAAGGAGAGUAACCAAAGUAAUGUUUCAGAUUCAAUUAUGGAAGUGGAAAAAAUGUUGGGAAAACAAGAUAAGAUCUUAAUGGAUGUUGGAGAUGAUAUCAUUCAACAAGAUGUUCUGGAUAUGGAAGCCGAACCAGCUGGCCAGGAAGAAACAAUAAGGAAUAACGAGAUGAUGGCCAUAGAGGCACAAACAAACAAGAAUCUACCUUAA